AGCUCUAUGCUCCGCCCCCUGGGCGCGCAUGCGCAUGGUGGGCCGCUGCAGGCCGAGGUGAUGCUCCUUCCGCCGCGCUGCUGGGGUCGGUGGCUGGCGGGAAGGAGGCCACGCUGUUUCUGUCAGUCACCUGCCGGGUUCGGCGGGAAGAACGGCCGAGGCUCCCGGGUCCGCGAGAAGCCACCUUGGCGGGUGCUAUUCCUCGGCACCGACCACUUUGCCCGGGAAGCGCUGCGGGCGCUGCACGCCGCCAGAGACGACAAAGAGGAAAAGUUAAUUGAGAAACUGGAAGUUGUCACAGUGCCUUCGCUAUCCCCCAAAGGACUACCUGUGAAGCAAUAUGCCAUACAGUCUCAGCUCCCGGUGUAUGAGUGGCCCGACGUGGGAUCUGGAGAAUAUGACGUUGGGGUAGUGGCUUCCUUUGGCCGGCUUUUGAGUGAGGCUCUUAUUCUUAAAUUUCCCUAUGGCAUACUGAAUGUGCACCCCAGCUGCCUCCCGAGGUGGCGUGGUCCUGCGCCGAUAAUCCAUACGGUGCUUAAUGGAGACACGGUCACUGGAGUAACGAUUAUGCAAGUUAGACCCAAAAGAUUUGAUAUAGGCCCAAUUCUCAAGCAGGAAACCAUCCCUGUGCCUCCCAAGAGCACUUCAAAGGAAUUGGAAGCGGUGUUGUCAAAACUUGGUGCCAACAUGCUUAUCUCAGUUUUGAAAAAUUUGCCUGAAAGUCUGAACAAUGGAAGGCCGCAGCCGGCUGAGGGAGUGACAUACGCUCCCAAGGUUUCUGCUGGCACCAGCUGUGUCAAGUGGGAGGAGCAGAACUCAGAGCAAGUACUCAGACUUCACCUUGCCAUUGGGGAUAUUGUUCCACUGCAGACACUCUGGAUGGAGAACCCCAUUAAACUUCUGGAUCUCGUAGAAGUUAACAACUCCAUCCUUGCAGAUCCGAAAUUAACAGGACACUCUAUGACUCCAGGGUCUGUGGUAUACCACAGACCAUCACAAAUGCUGCUGGUUCACUGCAAGGAUGGCUGGAUUGGUGUUCGAUCAGUAAUGCUUAAGAAAACACUAACAGCUACUGAUUUCUACAAUGGAUAUUUGCAUGCGUGGUACCAGAAAAAUUCCCACGCUCACCCAAGCCAGUGCAGAUUUCAGACUCUAAGACUUCCAACAAAGAUACAACAGAAAAGAAUUGUUGCUAUGCAACAGUGCAUUAAGUAGCUAGGAAGACAACGGACAAGGAUCCAUUGCACACUUGUAAUUUAUUAAAAGCUUUAUUUACAAGCAACUGCUGUGGUUUUGAAAGAAGAUGACCUUGUGGGAGAAAAAGAAAUGGUUAUCAGGAGGUGGAAGUGUUGCGCUCUCCAUUGUAUGUAGCAGUUAAGAGUGAACUUUUCUACUUGAAUAACACAAGAAAUUUAAAUAAAAUUUCUAUUUAUAAUA